GCUCGGCCAGUUUUUGGAUAAUCGUGAUUGAUAAACGUUUGUAAGAGUAACAAGUUUUGAAUUACUUGUGCAUUGUUUGUUCCCCUUUUUUUUUUUUUUUUUGUGGGGGGGGGGGGGGGGGUGGAUGAAUGCUUUUGCAUUGUGUUGGUCACCAACUAUGAAACAAUUAAUAAAUAUUAGCAUUAUUGAUUAACUGUAGAUAUUUAAAUAAGAACGUGCUUAGAUUCUUUCCGACACCCUUUAGUACUACAUGAUUAUUACAUAUUUAAUGAGAAAAUGCUAUGUAGUAGUUUUCAGAGAUGAAAACGACCUUCAGUAUCUUACAAACGCUAGCUGCCACCAGCAUGGAAUUUUACAGAUAAGGAGGACAACGCGUACAUUGCUUCUUCACUACAAAUGUAGCAGUUUGAAAUGCAAAAGUACAAUUUAGUUAUAUUACACAUCAAAACAUUCCCUGAGUUGCAUCAGAAAAGCAUGCACUUGGUUGUUAGGGCAGGAAUUUCCAUGUACAAACAAGUAUAUGAGUUAAAUUCUAUUUCGAAUCUGUCGAAACUCCUUCUGUAUACACCCUUUGUUAUUCUCAAUUUGUAAUUUAUCGGGCCUGCUUUUGGUUUCCGUCUUUCUGAUCUCUCUAUCUACACACACACACACACACACACACGCACACACACACACACACACACAUACACAAAAGCAACAUGCAUAGAUACUUUACAUAUGCUUCAAGUGAGGAGGUCAAUCAGAAGCAAAAGACAAAUUAAAGCACUGGCUUCUUGAUCAGGUAAACAUCUAUAUCUGCGGCCUAAUUUAUGUUUGGAGUAGAUCUAAUAAGCUAGACAAAGUGACUGAAUGCCUUACAUGCAGUUCGGUUGAGGGAGAGAGAGAGAGAGAGAGAGUGAUGAAGAGCAAAAAUGCAUCUCAGAUGAUGUUGAUAAGGUGGAGUGGAAGUGAUCGAAGAUGAUAUAUAGGGCAUUAAGAUACAAAAAAGAUGAUGAGGAUGGGGAAUUAAAUGGAUUAAGGAGGAGAAAAAGAAGAAGAGACGACAUAAUGUCUGAAAGUGUAUGUUCAGAAAAUAUCUUGUGAGAAGAAGCAGUGGUACUAGUAGUAGUAGCAGUAGUAGUGAGCAAAAGAGGAAGAUUAUGGAAGAAGAAUUGCAAGUGAUUAAGAAGAAACGGUGCCACAGCUUGACUAGUAACAAUGAACCUACUCGAGCUUUAUUCCCGUCUGAAUUGGGUGCUUGUUUGUCACGACCACCGUCUAUCCUUGAGAAAGGUUUGUUCCCGAUGUUGAAUUUGAUCAGUAAGGAUGCACCAUCAACUACAACUAGAACUAGUAGUAUAAGUAGGUGCGGUACUAAUGCUGAUAAGGGUUUGGAAGCACAACUCACCAUCUCCUACGCUGGACUUGUCAGUGUGUACGACAAUGUUCCUCUUGACAAGGCGCAAGCAAUAAUGCUUCUUGCGGGAGGCAACUCUUUGUCUGAAGCUGUAAUUGCGACUGAAACACCACCACCACCACCGCCGCUGCCGCCACCAUCAUCACCAUCACCACCUCCACCUCCAUUUGAUUCAUCCACCGUACACUACUCGCACAUCUCUAAUAACUUAAAACCAGCUGGCCUUCCCAUGGCAAGAAGAUAUUCACUUCAAUGUUUUCUUGAAAAGCGUCGUGGCAGGAUCAUAAAUAAAACCUUCUUAUAACUGUAGCAGUACUGCACCUCCAAGUUCCAGUCCCACCAGGACCUCUGACAUCAGCAACUCGUGAAAGUGAAAAUCAACUCCCUUACCUCCUGCUGCUAACGAAGGCUAGCUAGCAACCUCUUUAAUUAAUCAUUUCAAUGAUUUUCCAUUUGCUUAAUUUGUAACCCCAUUUUCUAUAUUAAUUAAUUUUUCCUACUCUAGGUAGCAGGUAGGUACCACACCAUGUAGGUAUAUGUAUAAAUAUUAUUGUAGUUUGAGCAUCCAGCAACUAUACCUCUUUGCCAUAUGCAUGGUUCCCUUCUCCUAUACAUAUAUAUAUUUAGGCACGCAGCAUUUAAAAUAAAGGGCUCAAUUCUAUGUAUGUAAUUGUAACUUUUAAUAAUCUGGGGAUAUAUAUAUAUAUAUAUAU